AUGAAGUGUCGCUACUUCCUGAUGCUGUGGGUUUCCUUUGUCUGCACGGUACAGGCCGAUGCACCGAAACAUAAUGAGCCCAAGAACACGUCCCGUGAUGUUGAGUCACUGCCUCAAGUUAAUGACCUUAUGCUGCCCUAUUUAUUGCUUGCCAAAAUCGCUCUGGCCCCCAAGCGAUGCCUCAGCAAACCGAACAUCUCGAAAAAGGUGGACAUGGUAAUCCACCAGUGCCAGGAGGAGAUCAAAUCGAGCCUGAUCGAAGACGCACUAAAGAUCUACACCGCCGAGAGUGCACAGUGGCACGAGCGACGAAAGCGUGACAGCGAAUCGCACGACUUCUCCCAUCCGACGAUUGUUUCGCACGAAGACAAGUGGAUUGCAGGAUGUUUGAUGCAGUGCGUGUACCGUAAGAACGACGCCGUCGACAAGAACGGGUGGCCAACGUUGGAUGGGUUGGUGAAUCUGUACACGGAAGGUGUACACGAGCACGGGUUCUUCAUGGCUACUCUGCGAGGCGUCGAUCGCUGUCUGAAGGGCACAUCAAAGAAGUAUCAGAUUAAACGGAACGAUUUAGCGGAAAACUUUGAGCAGUGUGAAGUCGCUUUCGACGUGUUUGACUGUAUCUCGGAUAUGAUCACCGAUUACUGUAGCGAUCGAUCCCAGCACUGA